AUGUUCACAGUCACCUCCAAACCCGCUGAAGCAGAGGAAAAUGUGAAGAGCGAUACUCCAUCUAAGAUAGAACUAGAGAAAGAGGGAGUGGAGGAGAAAGAUGGAGUAGAGAAAAAGGAGAAAAAGUCUGAAAAAGGUACAGGCCUAAUUGUUGUGCAUUGAAUUAAGUGUGUAACAGAACAUUCAUGUGUAGAAAACUACUUGUUGCCAUGUUGUUGUGAAUAGAGUAAUACACAGUACUCAAUAACUUUCAGGUAACGUAAAGAAAAGCGAUCAUAGAUGAGGUCUGUCAAGAGCCUGUGUUAUUGUCGUGGUUCAUAUUAGCGUGCCAUUAGCUAAUUGAGCCGUAACUAUGAUGAAGUAGCCACAUGAUGUGCAGUACAAAGAAACUAUGUCCCCCUUGGUCCCACCCUGAUGGUAAAACUCUAGUGCUUUUUUCUGAGAGUGCUCAUGUCUCACUGGUACUCGCACACAGCCGCCCCGAAACCUGAAGCAGAGGACUCUGGGAAAAGCGAGAAGCCCUCUGGGAAAGAGGAGCGGAUGGAGGAGGAAAAGAAGGAGAAGACAACAGAGAAGGAGAGAAAUAAAGGUUAUGUCUUUCUAGCUGUGUAAAGUCAUGUGAAAUCAUAUUGUUUUUCCCACUCUUUUUCUAGCGUGACCUGUAGUUUCUAGUUCAUAUGGGGGAAAGGGCAAAGAGAACGAAUUGUGAUGUGUCUGUUUUUCGGACCCUUUCUGAUAUUCACAGUUCCCCCCCAACCUGAGGAAGAGGGCCCUGGAGAGAGUGAGAGGCCCUCUGAGGGAGAGAGAGAAAAGGAAGAAUUGAUGGAGAAAGAGAAGGAGAUUGAGGCAGAAGGUAUCUGUCAUUGUGUAGGAUUUGAUUGGACUUCAUUAGUUAGUCGUUUUAUAACUCAUUGCGCUCCUAUGAACUAGACUGGAUUCAUUAGGUACAAUAGUAUCAUGAAUGGAUGGAUGCAUGGAUGGAUGAAUGAAUAGAUGAAUGAACAAACAGAGGACGAAAGAACAAAAAAACUAAUGAACAAACAAAUGAAUGAAUGAUGUGACCCGUUAGUGCUCACAGUCUCUCCAACGCUGUCACACCCUGACUUAUGGGACUCUAGUAUGUUGAGUCAGGGUGUGGAGUUCUAUGUUGUUAUAUCUAUGUUCUCUUUCUAGGUUUGUGUUUCUAUGUUUGGCCGGGUGUGAUUCCCAAUCAGAGGCAGCUGUCGCUCGUUGUCUCUGAUUGGGGAUCAUACUUUAGUAGCCUAUUGGCAAUCAUUAGUGGUGGGAUCUUGUUCCGUGUGUAGGCUUGUUUUGUGUUUAGCCUGAGGACUCCACGUUACGUUGGUUUGUUGUUUUUGUUUGUGUGUUUAUCGUUGAAAUAAACAUGUAUGCAUUUCACGCUGCGCCUUGGUCUGACCCGUCCUUAAACGAACGUGACAGAAGAUCCCACUAAACACGGACCAAGCAGCGUGCCCAGGAGCAAACACCCUGGACACAGGUGGGGAAGAUUUGGUCUUGGGAGGAGAUAUUUGCGGGGAAAGGACCCUGGGCGAAGGUAGAUGCCCAGGCAGGAGAGGAGCAACGGCAACACAGAAGGCACCGGCUGAGGAGGAAGCCCGAGAGGCAGCCCCAAUAAAACAAUUUGGGGGGGCUAAAGGAGUGGUCGGGGAGCGAGAGAGAAGAGCCCCGACCACUGCACCCGGUGGGUUUCCAGGUUGAGUCCCUACGACCAUGGGAAGAAGAGUGGGAACAGUUUUAUACUGAGGAGUCGGAGGAUGACGACGACGAUGAGUUUCUGUUCCCUAACUCGUGGGGGCUCCCGGAGGAGUCCUCACUGGAGGAGGAUUGCCGAGAGAGAGAGAAGGAUCGGAUCUGCAGGGUAAGAGAGGAGGCCACCACAUUACGGGGGCUGAUAGCGAGAAUAGAGCGGGAGAGCUCCAUUCAAGAGGAGGCACUGCAGGAGGCUCGUAGGGAGAAGGAGGAAGUAGAUGCACGGAGAGAGGAGCUGGUUAGGCAACAUAAGGAGCGUGGGUUAAUUGAGGGACCCAUGUAUGCGGAGAUACGCACUGUAUCGCCAGUGCGCAUGCACAGCCCAGUGCAUUCUGUGCCAGCGCCCUGCACGUGUCGUGCGAAAGUGGGCAGCCAGCCAGGACGGGUUGUGCCGGCUCAACGCUCCUGGUCUCCAGUGCACCUCACCAGUCCUGUACGGCCCGUACAUGCUCCUCACACCAGACCAGUGGUGCGUGCUCCCAGUCCGGCCCGGCCCGUUCCUGCUCCUCGUACCAGACCAGUGGUGCGUGCUCCCAGUCCGGCCCGGCCCGUUCCUGCUCCUCGCACCAAGCCAGUGGUGCGUGUCGCCAGCCCGGUACGACCCGUACCUGCUCCCCGCACCAAGCCAGUCGUGUGUGUCCCCAGUCCGGCCUGGCCCGUUCCUGUUCCUCGUACCAGACCAGUGGUGCGUGCUCCCAGUCCGGCCCGGCCCGUUCCUGCUCCUCGCACCAAGCCAGUGGUGCGUGUCGCCAGCCCGGUACGACCCGUACCUGCUCCCCGCACCAAGCCAGUCGUGUGUGUCCCCAGUCCGGCCCGGCCCGUUCCUGUUCCUCGCACCAGACCAGUGGUGCGUGUUCCCAGUCCGGCCCGGCCCGUUCCUGUUCCUCGCACCAGGCCAGUGGUGCGUGUUCCCAGUCCGGUACGGCCCGUGUCUGCUCCCCGCACCAAGCCAGUGGUGUGUGUCCCCAGUCCGGCACGGCCCGUUCCUGCUCCUCGCACCAGACCAGUGGUGCAUGUUCCCAGUCCGGCCCGGCCCGUUCCUGUUCCUCGCACCAGACCGGUGGCGCGUGUUCCCAGUCCGGUCCGGCCCGUGCCUGCUCCCCGCACCAAGCCAGUGGUGCGUGUUCCCAGUCCGGUACGGCCCAUGCCUGCUCCCUGCACCAAGCCAGUGGUGCGUGUCGCCAGUCCGGCCCGUUCCUGCUCCUCGCACCAGACCAGUGGUGCGUGUUCCCAGUCCGGUACGGCCCGUGCCUGCUCCCCGCACCAAGCCAGUGGUGCGUGUCGCCAGUCCGGCCCGGCCCGUUCCUGCUCCUCGCACCAAGCCAGUGGUGCGUGUUCCUAGUCCGGUCCGGCCCGUUCCUGCUCCCCGCACCAAGCCAGUGGUGUGUGUCCCCAGUCCGGCACGGCCCGUUCCUGCACCUCGCACCAGACCAGUGGUGCAUGUUCCCAGUCCGGCCCGGCCCAUUCCUGUUCCUCGCACCAGACCGGUGGUGCGUGUUCCCAGUCCGGUACGGCCCAUGCCUGCUCCCUGCACCAAGCCAGUGGUGCGUGUCGCCAGUCCGGCCCGUUCCUGCUCCUCGCACCAGACCAGUGGUGCGUGUUCCCAGUCCGGUACGGCCCGUGCCUGCUCCCCGCACCAAGCCAGUGGUGCGUGUCGCCAGUCCGGCCCGGCCCGUUCCUGCUCCUCGCACCAAGCCAGUGGUGCAUGUUCCUAGUCCGGUACGGCCCAUGCCUGCUCCCUGCACCAAGCCAGUGGUGCGUGUCGCCAGUCCGGCCCGUUCCUGCUCCUCGCACCAGACCAGUGGUGCGUGUUCCCAGUCCGGUACGGCCCGUGCCUGCUCCCCGCACCAAGCCAGUGGUGCGUGUCGCCAGUCCGGCCCGGCCCGUUCCUGCUCCUCGCACCAAGCCAGUGGUGCAUGUUCCUAGUCCGGUCCGGCCCGUGCCUGCUCCCCGCACCAAGCCAGUGGUGUGUGUCCCCAGUCCGGCCUGGCCCGUUCCUGCUCCUCGCACCAGACCAGUGGUGCGUGUUCCCAGUCCGGUACGGCCCAUGCCUGCUCCCUGCACCAAGCCAGUGGUGCGUGUCGCCAGUCCGGCCCGGCCCGUUCCUGCUCCUCGCACCAAGCCAGUGGUGCGUGUUCCUAGUCCGGUCCGGCCCGUGCCUGCUCCUCGCACCAGACCAGUGGUGCGUGUGUCCAGUCCGGCACGGCCCGUGCCCGUUCCACCGGUGCCGGCACCGGUCAGCUGCUCCACUCCGGAGCCAGAGCAGUCCGCUCCACCGGUGCCCAGUCCAGCUCCGGUCAGCGGAUCCACUCCGGAACCAGAGCAGUCCGCUCCACCGGUGCCGAGUCCAGCUCCGGUCAGCGGCUCCAGUCGGGAGCCAGAGCAGUCCGCUCCACCGGUGCCUAGUCCAGCUCCGGUCAGCGGCUCCAGUCCAGACCCAGACGUCAGCCCCUCUCCAGGUUCGGGUUCUCCCACACCAGGGUCCAGACAGGGCUUGGUACAUCGUGGGAGGAAGGAGAGGGGAAGCAGUGCGCCGAGGUCCAGACCAGACAAGGGGCGCAACGGGGAGGCUGAGAGAAUGUGGUCGUCACGCCCGGAGCCGGAUCCGCCUCCGAGGCGGAGUGCCCACCCGGACCCUACCCUGUUAUGUCAGGUUUGUGCGGUCGGAGUCCGCACCUUUGGGGGGGGGGGGGGGGGGGGGGGGUACUGUCACGCCCUGACUUAUGGGACUCUAGUAUGUUGAGUCAGGGUGUGGAGUUCUAUGUUGUUAUUUCUAAGUUCUCUUUCUAGGUUUGUGUUUCUAUGUUUGGCCGGGUGUGAUUCCCAAUCAGAGGCAGCUGUCGAUCGUUGUCUCUGAUUGGGGAUCAUACUUUAGUAGCCUAUUGGCAAUCAUUAGUGGUGGGAUCUUGUUCCGUGUGUAGGCUUGUUUUGUGUUUAGCCUGAGGACUUCACGUUACGUUGGUUUGUUGUUUUUGUUUGUGUGUUUAUCGUUGAAAUAAACAUGUAUGCAUUUCACGCUGUGCCUUGGUCUGACCCGUCCUUAAACGAACGUGACAAACGCCUGAAGUAGAGGAGACGGGAAAACCCUCUGAGAAAGAAGGAGAGCAAGAGGAGGGGAGAAAGGAGGACACAGAAAGAAACACUGAAGGUAUCUUCCCUAGAUGAGCUGUACAUGUAUGGAGCUAGUGUGUAGUGCUAGUGAAUGUGUGAGUUGGUAUAUAGACCAGUGCAUAGAUGUGUAUAUUUCAAAAGCAAAUACAAGAUGGAGUACAGUAGAUCCUCCUUCAGACAUGACCAGUCAACGUGUAGAGCUGUUGAUCCAUUGAAGCCUGUCGAAGUUGGAGCUACUGGGAGCAGUCAGUCAGACAGCACUAAUCAACCUGUAGAGAAAUAGAUUUCAGAUCUCUCACUCUUCCUCUGUGGUGAUCCAGAGGAAGUUCUUGAAACCCCUGAAUGGGAAAGCUGGGGUCAGGAGACCUUAGAGCCCCCUGGGAGAGAGGAGAAGAAGAAGAAGUGGGAGGAGGAAGAGAGUGAAGAGGAGAGAGAGUAUGCAAAAAAGAAAGGUAGAACUCAAGUACUGUACAUUGGCUAGUGUGUAGUGUACAUACCCUGUAGGCUAGGAUCCAGUAGACUCCAUCUCUCCCAAGCCAUAUCCUUAAUACUGUAUAACUAGGUGAUGAUGACCAACCCAUAAAGUUGAAACUAGCUGGUUUAGAACUGUCCUCAAGCAAGAUGUCUGAGAAACUGUUCCAUUCCAGGACAUUGGGGCUCCGCUCUAUAACAUCACCCUUUCCAUAGUUAUAGCUCUAUGGACCUACCUCUCUGUACAGUGCAUUUGGAAAGUAUUCAGACCCAUUGACUUUGUCCACAUUUUGUUACGUUACAGCCUUAUUCUAUAAUGGAUUAAAAAUAGUUUUUCCCCCCCUAUUCAAUCUACACACAAUUCGCCAUAAUGAUAAAAGCAAAAACAGGUUUUUACUCAGUACUUUGUUGAAGCACCUUUGGCUGUGAUUACAGCCUCAACUCUUCUUGUGUAUGUGUCUCUAGCUGUGCCACUAGAGAUCCUGGUUCGAAUCCAGACUCUGUCGUAGCCGGCCGCGACCAGGAGACCCAUGGGGCGGCGCACAAUUAGCCAGCGUCGUCCAGGGUAGGGAAUGGCCGGCAGGGAUGUAGCUCAGUUGGUAGAGCAUGGCGUUUGCAACGCCAGGGUUGUGGGUUCGAUUCCCACGGGGGGCCAGUAUGAAAAUGUAUGCACUCACUUAACUGUAAGUCGCUCUGGAUAAGAGCGUCUGCUAAAUGACUCAAAUGUAAAAUGAUGCUACAAGCUUGGCACACAUGUAUUUGGGGAGUUUCUCCCAUUCUUCUCUGCAGAUCCUCUCAAGGAGCAUCGCUGCACAGCUAUUUUCAGGUCUCUCCAGAGAUGUUAGAUCGGGUUCAAGUCCGGGCUCUGGCUGGGCCACUCAAGGAUAUUCAGAGACUUGUCCCGAAGCCAGUCGUGCGUUGUCUUGGCUGUGUGCUUAGGGUUGUUGUCCUGUCGGAAGGUGAACCUUCUCCCCAGUCGCAGGUCCUGAACGCUCUGGAGCAGGUUUUCAUCAAGGAUCUCUCUGUACUUUGCUCCGUUCAUCUUUCCCUCGAUCCUGACUAGUCUACCAGUCCCUGCCGCUGAAAAACAUCCCCAGCAUGGAACCACCGUAGGGAUGGUGCCAGGUUUCCUCCAGACGUGAAGCUUGGCAUUCAGGCCAAAGAAUUCAAUCUUGGUUUCAUCAGACCAGAGAAUCUUGUUUCUCAUGGUCAGAGAGUCUUUAGGUGCCUUUUGGCAAUCUCCAAGCGGGCAGUCAUGUGCCUUUUACUGAGGAGUGGCUUCCGUCUGGUCACUCUACCAUAAAGGCCUGAUUGGUGGAGUGCUAUAGAGAUGGUUGUCCUUCUGGAAGGUUCUACCAUCUCCACAGAGGAACUCUGGAGCUCUGUCAGAGUGACCGUUGACUCCCUGACCAAGACCCUUCUCCCCCGAUUGCUCAGUUUGGCCGGGCGGCCAGCCCUAGGAAGAGUCUUGGUGGUUCCAAACUUCUUCCAUUUAAGAAUGAUGGAGGCCACUGUGUUCUUGGAGAAUUGUUUGGUAUUCUUUCCCAGAUCUGUGCCUCGACACAAUCCUGUCUCGGAGCUCUAUGGACAAUUCCUUCGACCUCAUGGCUUGGUUUUUGCUCUGACAUGCACUGUCAACUGUGGGACCUUACAGUGGGGAAAAAAAGUAUUUAGUCAGCCACCAAUUGUGCAAGUUCUCCCACUUAAAAAGAUGAGAGAGGCCUGUAAUUUUCAUCAUAUGUACACGUCAACUAUGACAGACAAAAUGAGGAAAGAAAAUCCAGAAAAUCACAUUGUAGGAUUUUUUAUGAAUUUAUUUGCAAAUUAUGGUGGAAAAUAAGUAUUUGGUCAAUAACAAAAGUUUCUCAAUACUUUGUUAUAAACCCUUUGUUGGCAAUGACACAGGUCAAACGUUUUCUGUAAGUCUUCACAAGGUUUUCACACACUGUUGCUGGUAUUUUGGCCCAUUCCUCCAUGCAGAUCUCCUCUAGAGCAGUGAUGUUUUGGGGCUGUCGCUGGGCAACACGGACUUUCAACCCCCUCCAAAGAUUUUCUAUGGGGUUGAGAUCUGGAGACUGGCUAGGCCACUCCAGGACCUUGAAAUGCUUCUUACGAAGCCACUCCUUCGUUGCCCAGGCGGUGUGUUUGGGAUCAUUGUCAUGCUGAAAGACCCAGCCACGUUUCAUCUUCAAUGCCCUUGCUGAUGGAAGGAGGUUUUCACUCAAAAUCUCACGAUACAUGGCCCCAUUCAUUCUUUCCUUUACACGGAUCAGUCGUCCUGGUCCCUUUGCAGAAAAACAGCCCCAAAGCAUGAUGUUUCCACCUCCAUACUUCACAGUAGGUAUGGUCUUCUUUGGAUGCAACUCAGCAUUCUUUGUCCUCCAAACAUGACGAGUUGAGUUUUUACCAAAAAGUUAUAUUUUGGUUUAAUCUGACCAUAUGACAUUCUCCCAAUCCUCUUCUGGAUCAUCCAAAUGCACUCUAGCAAACUUCAGACGGGCCUGGACAUGUACUGGCUUAAGCAGGGGGACACGUCUGGCACUGCAGGAUUUGAGUCCCUGGCGGCGUAGUGUGUUACUGAUGGUAGGCUUUGUUACUUUGGUCCCAGCUCUCUGCAGGUCAUUCACUAGGUCCCCCCGUGUGGUUCUGGGAUUUUUGCUCACCGUUCUUGUGAUCAUUUUGACCCCACGGGGUGAGAUCUUGCGUGGAGCCCCAGAUCGAGGGAGAUUAUCAGUGGUCUUGUAUGUCUUCCAUUUCCUAAUAAUUGCUCCCACAGAUGAUUUCUUCAAACCAAGCUGCUUACCUAUUGCAGAUUCAGUCUUCCCAGCCUGGUGCAGGUCUACAAUUUUGUUUCUGGUGUCCUUUGACAGCUCUUUGGUCUUGGCCAUAGUGGAGUUUGGAGUGUGACUGUUUGAGGUUGUGGACAGGUGUCUUUUUAUACUGAUAACAAGUUCAAACAGGUGCCAUUAAUACAGGUAACGAGUGGAGGACAGAGGAGCCUCUUAAAGAAGAAGUUACAGGUCUGUGAGAGCCAGAAAUCUUGCUUGUUUGUAGGUGACCAAAUACUUAUUUUCCACCAUAAUUUGCAAAUAAAUUCAUAAAAAAUCCUACAAUGUGAUUUUCUGGAUUUUUUUCCCUCAAUUUGUCUGUCAUAGUUGACGUGUACCUAUGAUGAAAAUUACAGGCCUCUCUCAUCUUUUUAAGUGGGAGAACUUGCACAAUUGGUGGCUGACUAAAUACUUUUUUCCCCCACUGUAUAUAGACAGGUGUGAUCCUUUCCAAAUCAUGUCAAAUCAAUUGAAUUUACCACAGGUGGACCCCAAUCAAGUUGUAAAAACAUCUCAAGCAUGAUCAAUGGAAACAGGAUGCACCUGAGCUCAAUUUCGAGUCUCAUAGCAAAGGGACUGAAUACAUACAUACAUAAGGUAUUUCUGUUGUUUAUUUUUUAAAUACAUUUGCAAAAAUUUCUAAAAACCUGUUUCCGCUUUGUCAUUAUGGGGUAUUGUGUGUAGAUUGAUGAGGGAAAAAAUUUAUGUAAUGAAUUUUAGAAUAAGACUAACGUAACAAAAUGUGGAAAAAGUCAAGGGGUCUGAAUACAUUCCGAAUGCACUGUAACAUGCAGAGACAGUAGGUAGCCCAUAGGCUACAUUGUGUGUUCUAGCAGGGGCUGUUUACGUGUUGCGCUGGGGUGCAGACUCAGGUUGGAUCUAGGAAACCCAUCUAAAACAAAGAUUUGUUCAUCUCCUAAAGGGAUUCUCAAGCUUUUGAUCUCAGGAGGAGAGCCUGAGGCCAGACAGUUGUAUGGGAUCAUAUACAAUGAUUUCAAAGGUAAGACACCGAACAAGAAUAGCUAGCAGGGGAGUGACUGAGGAUGCUUACAGGAGACUGGAGCAUCAUGGAAUCCUGUUUUGUCAGUGGUGCUAGUGGAGUAGCUAGCAUUGAGUUAGUGAAGAGUUAGUAGAGUGGUAUUGAGUUAGUGAAGAGUUAGUAGAGUGGUAUUGAGUUAGUUGAGUAGCAUUGAGUCAGUAGAGUUAGUAGAGUGGUAUUGAGUUAAUGAAGAUUUAGUAGAGUCGUAUUGAGUUAGUAAAGAGUCAGUAGAGUGGUAUUAAGUCAGUAGAGUUAGUAGAGUGGUAUUGACUUAGUGAAAAGGUAGUAGAGUGGUAUUGCGUUAGCGAAGAGUCAGUUGAGUGGUAUUGAGUCAGUAGAGUUAGUAGAAUGGUAUUGAGUUAGUGAAGAGUUAGUAGAGUGGUAUUGAGUUAGUGAAGAGUUAGUAGAGUGGUAUUGAGUUAGUUGAAUAGCAUUGAGUUACUAGAGUUAGUUGAUUAGCAUUGAGUCACUAGAGUUAGUUGAAUAGCAUUGAGUCAUUAGAGUUAGUUGAAUAGCAUUGAGUCACUAGAGUUAGUUGAAUAGCAUUGAGUCACUAGAGUUAGUUGAUUAGCAUUGAGUCACUAGAGUUAGUUGAAUAGCAUUGAGUCAGUUGAGUAGCAUUGAGUCAGUAGUAGAGUAGCAUCAAAGAGAACAGUAUGUGGACAGUUUUUGGACAUGGUCACUGUCUGAAUGACCAGAUUGGUGUCAAAAACUGUGGAAAGAUUCCUUUUCUCUGCAUGUUUUAGUUUUUCUCCUUUUCUGACUGUGUCAUUCCUCAUCAUCAUAUUGGUAUUGUUUGGCUCACAAGGUAAGCAUUAAAAUGUCGUAUUCACUGUCACUAUCUUGUCAUUGCUAUCACUAUUCAUCACUAUUAAAACAGCUCCAUUUGCUCCCUGUCCAACACUUCUCGUAAUGAUUUGUGUCAGAUAUCAUUUCAUCCCCCAGAUUUAACAACUAUCCACGAAUAUAGGCCUACAAAACCUUCAAAAUAACAGUAUCUCCCUUGUUACUAUUUUCUUUUACAGCCUUCCAUAAAUAAAGUCCCAUCUUGACUUUGCGUACAUUUGUGGAACUAUGUCCCGGCGCUCUCCCUCUCUACCGUCUGUGGAGUAAUUGGGCAUUUAUAUUUAAUUACAAUGUAACGUUUCUCCCCUAACCCUUAUUUUAUAGCUGAGAGAAGCAUUUUAUGUGUGUGUGUACGUGUGUUUGUGUUUGUGUGUGUAUGUGUGUGCAUCUGUGUGAGUGUGUGUGUGUGUGUGAACGAGAGAGUGUGUGUUUGCGUUUUAUGUGACUCUCUUCUCACCGGCGGUUCCCCACUCAAAACAGCUCAUCAAUAUUUCAGCGGCGUCAUCAACCAAACAAUAAUAAAAUAAUAAUGUGAUGGCUGAUUAAACAGCUAAACUUAGACUUUUAAUGUGCAUUCAAAUGUGUAUUUGCAUAAACAUGCCUGGUAAACGUCUCUUUAGAGGACAGCCAUGCCUCGUAGCGCACACACACUGCAGCCGACUUCUAAAGCUUAAUAAAACCUUCAUUAGGUACAAACCUCAGCCAACAAUAUCACAGGAAGGAGGAAUCUCUCUCUCUCUCUCUCUCUCUCGCUCUCACUCUCACUCGCACACGGAGAGAGGCUGAUCUUGAAAUAUGUGGAGAUAUUACUGUCUGAGAUAUUGUCUUGUUUUGAAUAAAAAUAUAUACCUUUUUUUCUCUCUCAUUUUCGACUUUCCGCAUAUUAACUUUUUGAAACUUUGGUUGGGGACGCUCUACAUUGGUCUGUAAAUACAUUCAUAAAACCAGGUGAUUAUGAUGAUAUUAUUGUAUUUUAUUGUACUUCCUGGUUUACCAUAUCAAAUUCAACUUAGGGGGCAUUGAAGGAAGUCACCCUCUCUAUGAGUGGACUGCACAGAGUGAGGAUUAUAGAACAGACAGUAUCAUAUGUACAAGCAGGUAAAGACUGUGUCCCAAAUGGCACCCUAUUUCCUACAUAGUGCACUACUUUUGACCACAAUCCUAUGAGCCCUGGUCAUAAAGUAGUCCACUACAUAGGGAAUAGGGUGCCAUUUGGGAUGCAGUAUAGAAACUAUAGAAGCAUCAGAUAGAUAGAGAAGAGAUUAAGACCUACUGUAUAAUGGGAAAUAUAAGUUGUGUCAGGAAUGAGGAUCUUCUUACACCAGGCCUCUUUAAUCUUCCCUGCAUUAAAACACAAACAAAUCCCCACCCAUAACACACACACGGGUGCACACACACACACACACACACACACACACAUGCGCAUGUAUGCACAAAACACACGCAAAUAAACAUACACACAGGACAACACACACACACACACACACACACACACACACAACCUCCCCCUGAAAUACACACACACACACCAGUAUAGAUUGCUGUCAGUAGAGCUUGAUAAAGCCCAGUGAGCAUUCACCUGUCUUGGGGAGGUGAGGGAGGGGGUGAGUUAUCUGAAGUCUCUUUAACAAGUUGUGAGUCAGACACAAAGACAAAAGGCCUCCUCGUCGUUUCAUUGACUCGCAGAUGGACAAACACAGGUUACGAUAUUUGAAGCGUUCCCAAAUCGUUCAUUUUUUGGUGGUCCAGAGAGACCGUUUCUCAGUGGGAUCAUCAUCUAACAUUUCCCACCUAAGCCAUGUCUCCACCAUACCACGACCUUGCUACAACCAUCUCUAACAUUUCCCACCUACGCCAUGUCUCCAUCAUACAACGACCUUGCUACAACCAUCUAUAACAUUUCCCAGCUAUGCCAUGUCUCCAUCAUACCACGACCUUGCUACAACCAUCUCUAACAUUUCCCACCUAUACCAUGUCUCCACUAUACCACAACCUUGCUACAACCAUCUCUAUGGCUCAUUAUGUAAUACGAUACCAUACAAUAUACUGUCCAUUUAUAUGGACAUUCAUUCUUUGAAGUCAGCAUACAAACCAAUACAUUAUAUUACACAUGCAAUACAGAAAACACUAGAAAGCCAAUACAUUAUAACACAUGCAAUACAGAAAACACUAGAAAGCCAAUACAUUAUAACACAUACAAUACAGAAAACACUAGAAAGCCAAUACAUUAUAACACAUGCAAUACAGAAAACACUAUUAAGUUAAUUCCGCCUUCAGUCUCUGUGGCCUGCUGUCCGGCCAUGUACUGGAUCUACAUCUGUCCUAUGUCCCACUGUCCUCUCUGCUCCCAGACUGUCCCACUGUCCAUCACCUCAACUCUCCUCUCUGCUCCCAGACUGUGAGUGCUACGGCCACUCUAACUCUCCUCUCUGCUCCCAGACUGUGAGUGCUACGGCCACACUAACUGUCCUCUCUGCUCCCAGACUGUGAGUGCUACGGCCACUCUAACUGUCCUCUCUGCUCCCAGACUGUGAGUGCUACGGCCACUCUAACUGUCCUCUCUGCUCCCAGACUGUGAGUGCUACGGCCACUCUAACUGUCCUCUCUGCUCCCAGACUGUGAGUGCUACGGCCACUCUAACUGUCCUCUCUGCUCCCAGACUGUGAGUGCUACGGCCACUCUAACUGUCCUCUCUGCUCCCAGACUGUGAGUGCUACGGCCACUCUAACUGUCCUCUCUGCUCCCAGACUGUGAGUGCUACGGCCACUCUAACUGUCCUCUCUGCUCCCAGACUGUGAGUGCUACGGCCACUCUAACUGUCCUCUCUGCUCCCAGACUGUGAGUGCUACGGCCACUCUAACUGUCCUCUCUGCUCCCAGACUGUGAGUGCUACGGCCACUCUAACUGUCCUCUCUGCUCCCAGACUGUGAGUGCUACGGCCACUCUAACUGUCCUCUCUGCUCCCAGACUGUGAGUGCUACGGCCACUCUAACUGUCCUCUCUGCUCCCAGACUGUGAGUGCUACGGCCACUCUAACUGUCCUCUCUGCUCCCAGACUGUGAGUGCUACGGCCACUCUAACUGUCCUCUCUGCUCCCAGACUGUGAGUGCUACGGCCACUCCUAACUGUCCUCUCUGCUCCCAGACUGUGAGUUCUACGGCCACUCUAACUGUCCUCUCUGCUCCCAGACUGUGAGUGCUACGGCCACUCUAACUGUCCUCUCUGCUCCCAGACUGUGAGUGCUACGGCCACUCUAACUGUCCUCUCUGCUCCCAGACUGUGAGUGCUACGGCCACUCUAACUGUCCUCUCUGCUCCCAGACUGUGAGUGCUACGGCCACUCUAACUGUCCUCUCUGCUCCCAGACUGUGAGUGCUACGGCCACUCUAACUGUCCUCUCUGCUCCCAGACUGUGAGUGCUACGGCCACUCUAACUGUCCUCUCUGCUCCCAGACUGUGAGUGCUACGGCCACUCUAACUGUCCUCUCUGCUCCCAGACUGUGAGUGCUACGGCCACUCUAACUGUCCUCUCUGCUCCCAGACUGUGAGUGCUACGGCCACUCUAACUGUCCUCUCUGCUCCCAGACUGUGAGUGCUACGGCCACUCUAACUGUCCUCUCUGCUCCCAGACUGUGAGUGCUACGGCCACUCUUAACUGUCCUCUCUGCUCCCAGACUGUGAGUUCUACGGCCACUCUAACUGUCCUCUCUGCUCCCAGACUGUGAGUGCUACGGCCACUCUAACUGUCCUCUCUGCUCCCAGACUGUGAGUGCUACGGCCACUCUAACUGUCCUCUCUGCUCCCAGACUGUGAGUGCUACGGCCACUCUAACCGCUGCAGCUACAUAGACUACCUGAACAUCGUGACGUGCGUCAGCUGCAAGCACAAUACCAGAGGACAGAACUGCCAACACUGCAGACUGGGCUACUUCAGAAACGCGUCCGCCGAACUGGACGACGAGGGUGUCUGCAUCGGUCAGUCGCUGUGUGUGUGUGUGCAUGCGCAUGGGGGUGUGUGAGUCGGGGGGGGAUGUGUGUAUGUGUAUAUGUGUCAUUGUGUGUGUGUGUGCACGUGUUUUCGUGUGUGUGUGUGUGUGUGUGUCUGCAUUUAUUGCAGAAUAAUCAUUAGGCAUUAUGUGUGUUACACAAACAAACAGUGUGAAAUGUUGAUUCACCAAGACGUCAUUGAUCAAAAAUACAGUUUAGCGAGAUCAGCACUUCCAUCUCCAAACAAUACUGCCAGAAAAAACUGCAAAACAGAUAAAGACAGUAAAAACACUGACUCACUGAGAUAAGACUAUUAUUCCUCCUGGAUUCUCUGUGGAGCUGACUGUAAUGUUGAUGUAGUCCAUCUGCAGGUGAGAGGUGGGGGGCUGGAAGAGGGUAGGAGGGGGGCUGGAGGAGGUUAGCGGGAGGGUAGAAGGGGGGCUGGAGGAAUAAUAAUAAUAAUAAUAUGCCAUUUAGCAGACGCUUUUAUCCAAAGCGACUUACAGUCAUGCGUGCAUACAUUUUUGUGUAUGGGUGGUCCCGGGGAUCGAACCCACUACCUUGGCGUUACAAGCGCCGUGCUCUACCAGCUGAGCUACAGAGGACCACAUGUAGGAGGAGGGCUGGAGGAGGGUAGAAGGGGGGCUGGAGGUGGUUGGAGGAGUGCAGGAGGAGAGUAGAAGGGGGGCUGGAGGUGGGUAGGAGGGGGGUUGGGAGGAGGGUCAGGAGGAGGGUAGGAGGGGGGCUGUAGGAGGAUAACCCUGUCACAGUGGGGGGGACACACAGGGCCAGGCUUUGAAGUCAGCACAAAUGAGGCCCCAUUAGCUCACAUGCCAGGCUACUGACACACAGAGACUGGCAUCGAAUCAAUACAGGAGAGAGUGAGAGAGAGUCUUACACAUGCAUACAUACACCAAAUUAACUUCACUUACAGAUAAAUAUAUUUUCUAACAUGCCUGCCUCCCUUCAUCUCUUUCUCCCUCUAUCCCCCUAUCCCUCUAUCCCCCUCUCCCCAUCUCCCCUCUCCCUAUCUCUCCCUCUCCCCUCCUCUCCUUCUAUCCCCCUCUCCCCUCUCCCAUCUCCCUCUCUCCCAUCUCCCUCUCUCCCUCUCUCCCCCUCUCCCUCUAUCCCCCUCUCCCCAUCUCCCCUCUCCCCAUCUCCCUCUAUCCCUAUCUCCUCUCUCCCUCUCUCCCCUCUCCCUCUAUCCCCCAUCUCCCUCUAUCCCAUCUCCCUCUAUCCCUAUCUCCUCUCUCCCUCUUUCCCCUCUCCCUCUCUCCCCCCUCAACUCAUCUAUCCUCUCCCAUCUCUCAUCUCCCUCUAUCCCCCUCUCCCUCUCCCUCUAUCCCCCUCUCCUCUAUCCCCUCUCCCCUCUCUCCCUCCCUAUCCCCCUCUCCCUCUACCCCCUCUCCCUCUACCCCCCUCUCCCUCUAUCCCCCUCUCCCCUCUAUCCCCCUCUCCCUCUCCAGAGUGUAACUGUAACCAGAUGGGUUCUGUCCAUGACCGGUGUAAUGGGACAGGCUUCUGCCAGUGUAAAUACGGCGCUACGGGGCCCAAGUGUGACGACUGUUUCCCUGGGUACUACUGGAAACAAGGGUGUUACUGUGAGUAUACAGGGGGAGGGGGGAGAGAUGCACUUGGGUGUGUGUGUGGGAGGGAUAGAGUGUGUGUAUGAAAUGCGAAAUGUUGUAGGGAAUAUGUCGUGUUCAUCCUAUCAUCCAUAUCUCCCUCGUUAUCUCCCUCGUUAGUAGCAUCACCUGCUCCUUUCAUUUACACCUUAACUUAACCCUAUUUCAUGAAGCCUCCUUCCCCCUAUCAUAUACCAUAGAGUCAGGGCCAUGUCUCAAACACAUACAGCCCCUGCCUCCUUUUCUCUUUGAGGCUGGCUUUGGAAUCCCUCCUUACUGCAGUUUGUUAGUUAGCCAAUUGGGUCAAUCAGUAGUGCAUAGUGGAUCCCAUAUUUAGAUUAACGUGAGAGAGUAAAAACGUUUUCGGUCGCUUUCAGAAACAUGCAACGGAAGCAUGAUUCACACAGAGAGAUCCAGAACAAAAAAGCUUUGUCAACAUGCCACACAAAUCUUCACAAGUCUUUCCGUCACGCACGUUCACACACACACACACACACGCGAAGCAUGCACACACGCUGUGACACACACACACACACACACACACACACACACACACACACACACACCCUCUCUCAUAAACACAUACUACGUUUUUAGGCGAAAUAUCUUGUACAGUAUAAAAACUGCUAGCAUGUUCUUCCCCACCGCGUUUACAGAUUUUUCAUUCAGCCUGUGAUUUACAGACAAAUAAGACAUUUAUAAGAGUCUUCUGAACAAAAAUAGAGACAUUAAUCUGAUUCAGAGAAAGUGCAUGCUCCAAACAAACGGGAAAAAAAGAUGGCAGAAAAGAGAAGGCAGGUGUUACUUGUUGCCGAGCUCGAGGCUAGGCUUGGAGAAUUCAUAUCUCUCUCUCUCUCUCUCUCUCUCUCAUUUCUCCCUUCUCACUACAUUUCUCUUCUCCAUCUUGUUCUUUCUGUGGCAAAACUCCUCUUCUCAUCUUCCCCCCAUCGCUCUCUCCUAUCUUAUUCCUCUCUUUAUUCCUCCCCCAUCCUCCUUUUAUCUUUCAUGGAACCUUGUCGUUUUGCCACUACAUCUCCCUCUCUGUCCCGCGUCCCUUUUUCUCCUUCAAUCACCUUCCUCAACCCCCUCUCUCGCAUUCAUCCUCUUCCUCCCUCUACCUCCAUCCACACCUUCUAUCACUUCCUUCACCUCUCUAUCUGCUUCUCUCCCUUUCUCCCUCCUCCCACCUCCUCUCUCUCCCUCCCCCCUCCCGCAGCCAACGUGUGUGACGAGGAGCUGCUCCUGUGCCAGAACGGUGGGACGUGCUCCCAGAACCAGAAGUGUAUCUGUCCCCCAGAGUUUAAGGGCGUGCUGUGCCAACAGUCCCGCUGCGAGGGGGACAAGGCCUGCAACACUGCCUGCACCGCCCACCUCCACCUCCUCGUCCCACUACUGCUCUGCGUCCUGCUACCCCACCUUCUGGCCACUUUAACUGCACACUGA